AUGUCCAACAGAUUCCAACAACCCGACCCUGUCCCGACUCCCGCCCCAGAAUACAGCGAAGCCCCUGAAGUCUACCCUCCCCAGCAACAUACAAACUCCAUUCCCCCGCAACAUACAGACACCCUCUCCCAGCAAUACACCGGCUCCGUCUCAGCCAUGUCCCCAACACCCAUCCAACAAAAGGAAUACCCCUUCCAACCCGACUCAGUCGGCGAAAUGCCACACGCACCCAUGAACCACGAAAAAACAUACCCGAACCAGCCCCAGCAGUUCUAUGCGCCGCAGAACCCCCAACAGAACGGGUAUGCGAAUGCAGUUCCGCUGCCGUUGCACGCUGUGCAGUCGGCGCCGUGUCUGGUUGAUUGUCCUGGCUGUAGAGUGCGGCAGAUGACGCGCGUAGAAGCGGUUUCCGGUGGUACUACGCAGUAUGUGAUUCCAUUUUCCAUUGGGGUUGAUCUUCAGGUUAAGGGUUCCAUUUCUAGUGGUUGGGCUGCGGUGCUUUGUUUCUGCUGUUGUCUGGGGUGUAUUCCUUAUUUGAUGUCUUCGCUGAAGGAUGUCGAGCAUUCUUGUGGGAACUGUGGUAUGAAACUUGCGGUUUGGCAUAAUAGUGGGAGGGUGGAGGUUUUGCAGCCGAAGAAAUAG